GAGUGCUUUGCGUGUGCACCAACUGGUUCUAGGAAAACCCUUGCGUUUGACCCAGAAAAGGGUGGCAUUCGAGUUGUUAUCCUUUGCCAUACCCGUGAAUUAUCUGCUCAAAUAUUUCGAGAGUGCAAAAAACUUGCCAAAGGAAAAAAAUUUGGUAUUAAGUUAAUGACUAAAAAUCUCUUAAGAAAUGUUGAUUUUUCAAAGUUUCCAUGGGAUAUACUAAUAUCCACACCACUCCGAUUACGAUUGGCUAUCAAGAAGAAGAAGAUUGAUCUCAACAGAGUGGAGUUUCUUCUGCUGGAUGAAUCAGAUAAGCUUUUUGAGCCCGAAUUAUUCAAGCAGAUUGAUUCUGUUCUCAAGGCAUGCUCCAACCCCUCAAUCAUUCACUCUCUUUUUAGUACUACCUUACCUGAUUUUGUUGAAGUUCGAGCUCGAUAACUUAUGCAUGAUGUUGUUCGUGUAAUUGUUGGCAGGAAGUAAGUUUAAUGUAAAAUAUUUGCAAACAUGAUGCUCCUGAGCAUAUCCUUAAUGCAGUUUUCGUUUACAUUAUUUUGUAGAUAAUGUCUAGUGUUUUUAUUUGAAUCAGGAAUAUGGCUUCUGAAACGAUAAAGCAUAAAGUGAUUUUUACUCGAAGUGAAGAAGGAAAACUUCUUGCAAUUCGUCAAAGUUUUGCAGAGGUAAAUGGCUAAACUAAUUCUUCGGAUAAUAAUUCUAGUCAGUCCCACUUUCAUAUGCGUCGAGGGGUUGUGUGUCUCCCAAUUAAACACUAAUUAGUUUUGGUGUGUUUUAAAAGAAAGUCCUUACAAUUUACUAUUAAUAUAUAUUUUUCUAUUAUUAUUUUUUUUGUAGUCUCGUUUGUUUUACUCAGUGUCUCACAUGGAUAUACUUAAGUUGUUUGUUUAUUUUGGGUUUGGUGUUAGAUAAUGUGUCAUGAAGAUAAUAUAUACUUGGAAUUUUUAAUUACAUAUCACUUACCUUGGCUUGGCUUUGGAACUUGCA